GUUCAAGAAUGAUGGUAGCUUUGACGGAUGCUCGACUUUUCUUCUCGGACGGAUACCAGGUAUGUUGAAUCCUUUUGAUUUUCAUUUUUACGGUGGAACCGCACCCGCGAGUGGGCGAGAGACGGAAGGGAGGCGAGUGACCGUCUGGGCACCGAUUUGCAGUUGAAGCCGUAGCAAAAUUCCAGAGCAUGUGCCGCCAGCGCUUGCACUGCCCUACGGACGAAGAUUUGCAGAAGGUUCUGAAAUUCAGCUCCCCGAUGUUGGUGGCACUCUUUGGCUAUUCCAUCCGCCAGAUGGUUUUGCGAAGGAGGGAGGGGCUACUGGAAGAGGCCGCGCAGAAGGGGAUUAUCCCCAAAACAGUAGCACCUGCUACAACCGAGACGAGCAUUUUUGUCAAUGCCGGAUACCGAACCCCAGUUCUCGGAAGCAACGCAUCUCCGCCGCCCACUCCGUUGUCUGCCACGUUUCCGAAUGCGGAUGGAACACAGCAGCCCAGGGGGGAAUACUUUCAAGGAUUAAACGGAUCACAACCCCAACCCCGGGUUGCUGCCAACCAAGCCUCGCCGCCACAAACCCCGUUGCUACACCCACAGCAAUCUCCGAAUUUCCCCCAACAACAACCGCCGCAAAUGGCUCCGAACCGGCAGUUGAUCGGGGUUGAUGAUUUCCGGCAGCAGCUGCAGCAGGAGUUUGCGCUCCGGACGCAACAGCAGCAGCAGCAACUCCGGCAGGAACAGUUGUUGCAGAUACAGCAACAGGCUCGGCAACAGCGUGAGCAACAGCUGCAGCAAACCCGGCAGCAGGAGCAGCAGCUCUUGCACGAAUACCAGCAACAGCCGGAACAGAUCCAACAGCGCCAACAACGCCAACAACAGCAACAGCAGCUGCAGCAGCAACUCUUGGAGGAAUACCGGCAGCAGCCGCAGCAGGUCCAACAGCGGGAACAGUUGAUGCAGCUACAGCAACAGGCUAGGCAACAGCGUGAGCAAAUGCAGCAGCAGCAGGUCCAACAGCGCCAACAACAGCAACAGCAGCAGCAGCAACAGCAGCAGCAGCUACAAGCUCGUGCGCAACCGGCUCACCCUCAACAACAUACACAAAAUUCCCUUUACCUCUCACAGCUCUCCUACCAGCAGCAGCAGCAGCAACCUCGACAAAUACGACCAUUGGAAUUUUACCAUCCAAGUCAGAAUUGGCAUCCGGCCCACCCUCCGCAAUUACAGGCAUUUGCCGGGCCGCAUGGUCCACAUCAACAAUACCAACAGGGACCGCAGCAGCAGCAGCAGCAGCAGCAGCAGCAGCAGCAGCGACCCUUGCAAGGGCAAGGGCAGCAAUACGCCCAACCACAAGUCCACAAUUCGACAGCUGCUUGGACCGCACAGCUGCAAGCACAGCUGCAAGCACCACCGCCGGCCCUGCAACCACCACCUCGUCGUCCCACAUUACACCCAAAGAUGGAGUUGGCUUCAACCGCAACUACUUCGGAUCCACUGCAUUUCGGCAUCAUAGAUUUCCCGGUCAACCUAAUGGAGUUAUCUGCGUCGUGUGAAAAGCGGGCCUGGCAGCUACCGGUUGAUAUUGAGCACCGCCUGGCUAGAACAGUUCCAGCAACAAACCUCAUGGACCCGCCACUUCGGAGCAAUGUCGACAGUGGUUCCUUGAUAUACAAGCUGCGUUGUGUAGAGUUUCAGACGAAGUCCGGGGAGUCCAAACCGACGAGUGAUACAGAGUGGAUGAGCAAGGAAUCGAUAUGGCCGAGGAACAUCUUCAUCGAGAUCAACGGGAAACGGAUAGAAAUUCGACGAAAAGAAACUUGGGGCAGGGACUACCCCGCCGAUAUCACAAAUUACGUGCAACCGGGCACCAACACUGUCAGCAUCGUACAUCUCAACGGCAGUUCGACUGGAUCCGUAUUUUAUGCCGGCGUGGAGCUGCACGAAUGCACCACCGAGAGCAGGCUGAAGUCCCGGAUAUUCGAAGAGCGUUACAUCGACCCCGAUCGAUCGAAGUCGGCGAUUAUACGGCGGCUUUCGUCCGGAUACGAGAGCGACAACGACGACAUGAUCAUCAGUUCGAGCACGGUGGCCAUCGGCGUCUGCUGUCCGUUGUCGUUCCAGCUCAUCGGAACGCCGGUCCGGGGAAGAUCGUGUGCGCAUCCGGAGUGCUUCGAUUUCGACAAUUACAUGAGCAGCCGAUCCCGCGAGAGCCCCGGCCUCCCGCCGAAGGACGAUUCGUACAAGUGUCCGCACUGCAACAAGCGCGCGAGGCCCGAGGAUCUGCUCGUCGAUGGGUUCCUGGACGACGUGUUGAAGGAGUUGCGCGCGGAUCCGAAGAUGCGCGAGGAGGUGGCGAGCAUCAUUGUCGAUCAGAGCGGAAGCUGGAGAAUGAAGUGGAAGUCGGAGGAUUUGUCGCUUCCGAGUGUCCGCCAGGGCUCGAUUGCAAGUGCCCGCAAGGACUCGGUCGGAAGUGCGCGCCAGGGCUCGAUGGUCAGGAGGGAUUCCGAGGCGACGGCAGUGAGGAAACAGGUGGAGGUUAUCUGCAUCGACGAUGAUUGAAUGAUUGAAUGGGGGCGUGGUGGUGGAUAGGACGGGUUGGGGAUGGGGAUGCAUGAUGAGUGGGUUGGAUAAGUCUCUGGAGUUGGAGACGGUGGCAACGGCGAUGGACACUUGGGCUGGGUUGGCUAUUCCUUUGACGUUUUCUGGCUACGGCUUUGGGAGGAGUUUGUGUGGUUUUUUUUCUUUCUUUCCCCAUCAUUGCACUCUUCUACAUGGCGCUUUGUUACUUACAGUUGGCUCGGGGUUCUUUGUCUUGAUUCUUUUUUUUUCAUUGUCUUGUGGUUGCUAUUAUUACUCCGCAUCUUUUUUUGCCUCUACUUACUCUACUCUAGAGGCAUGCUGAUAGUCUGUAAUGGUUUGUCUGGUGCCGGUGCUGGUGAAUGAUACCCUGAUUACUUGUAAUUUAGAUGUCGCUCCUGGGGGCGUAAAUACUUCUUACGUGAGGGCCAGUGGUUUAGUUUACUCUAUGGAUUGGCAAUGAUUGAAC